AGAUUUUUGCGACACUGCGCAUGCUCCAACAUGUGUGGCAACGAUGAAAACAAGUGUAAACUCAUAUAAUCUAAUGUUUUAAUUAUUGAUUCCACGUGCAGAUUAAGAUGGAACUUGAUACUUAGACACUUGAUAUAGAAUGGCAAAAUUGAGUAUAGCUAAUUAACAAGUGUUACAAUAUUUUUAAUUACCAAAAGGAGAGUGAAAAUACAAAUUCGGCACGGUAACACAACCUGUUGAUUUUGCCUUCUUCAAAAAGACCCAAAAGCAAAUCAGAAAAUGCAGCAACCUUUUACGAAUUCUGAAGCUGUCAAAAUGUGCAUGGUGGGGUCAGAUGCCCCACUGAGCAGUCACAUUAGAUAUGGUCCCAAACCUCCGUAUGCAGUGGGAAAACCGAGAGAGAGACCUUAUUCAGCUCCAGCAAGACGCAUUACUACAGGUAAUUUUUCUGACCCAUGGAGGGGUCCGAGUUAUAAGGAAUCCAGGUUGACCAUGCCAAGAAGCUACCACAAAGUAACUGACCGGCAGACCCCCUACAUGUCAAAGAGGAUAGAAUCAGUAUACAGUAUGAACAAUGAAAUCCGGUCCAGCAUGCCCCUCCCACCCUAUCAUGCUAUGAAUGACCCUCAUUUAUAUGAGUACUUUGAAAGAAGAUUUGGACAGAUACAGAUGUCAGCUAGAAGGAAACGUCCCCAUUCAACUCACUCUCGCCCAUCAAGUGCUUCCUCAGUAACAAGAAUUAAGAAGAAACAUGAAGAAGACGUGCUGUACAAAAUAGCCAUCAUAACAGCUGACAAAAAAGCUGCUGGAACUGACGCAAAGGUUUUUCUGACGGUGAAAGGACUCCGGGGUAAAAUUCCUAAAACGAGGCUCAGUAAAAAGGCAGGAUCGGUGAAGAAGAAUAGUAAAGUUGCCUUUCGAUUUGCCAAAGGCAGUACUCAUUUAUUCAAAAUCCGUGGUCCAGAAAUUGGAGAUGUCAAGUCUAUAAUUGUUGAGACUGAUGGAAUACAGAAAGAACAAGCGUGGUUUCUACAGGAAGUGGAAAUCACUAAUGUAAAGAGGAAGAAAACCUGGACUUUUGUCUGUAAUAAUUGGCUUUCCUUGCAUCAUGGAGAUCAGCAGACAUCUAGGGAGUUAUUUCCAAAUAUCUCAUCUAAAACAGAUUAUGAGAUUGUAACAGUGACCGGAGACAAAGCUGGAGCCUCAACAAAUGCCAACGUGUACAUCUCCAUUGAAGGUCGCUCAGGGGUCACUCCCAAAAUCCACCUCAAAGACUUCACACGGACUAACUUUAGACAAAACUCUAGUGACACGUUUAAAAUCAGAGCUAAUUGUGUGGGUCCUAUGAAGAAAAUCAGAAUUGAACAUGACAAUACAGGAAUUGGGGCCGGCUGGUAUCUGGAGAGGGUUGUAAUAACAGAUCUCAACAACACCAAAUGGAAGUAUUACUUCCCCUGCGGAAUGUGGCUGGCGAGAGAUGAAGGAGAUGGGGCAAUUUCCAGAUAUCUCAUUGGUAGCAAGGACCCUUUUGCCAUCAGAAAAGAUAGUAAAUAUAAAGUAACAGUUUACACGGGGGACAAGAGAGGGGCAGGAACAGACGCUAAUGUCAUCAUCAACAUCUUUGGAGAAAAUGGCGAUUCAGGAGAAGUGAAACUGGACAAUACAAAAAACAAUUUUGAGAGAAACUGCAAAGAUGAGUUUUUGGUUAAGUGUCCGUGCCUGGGCCGUAUUACAAGGAUACGAAUCGGACAUGACAACUCUGGGUUUGGGCCAGGCUGGUACUUGGACAAGGUGAUAGUGGAUGACUGCGACAACAUGAUAGUGUAUGAGUUUCCCUGUGGGCGAUGGUUUGCAGACGAUGAAGAUGAUGGUGCUCUCUUUCGUGACCUCAUUCCAGGCGUGGGCGUCAGCAGCUCUUAUGGUGGGGUGCCUUAUGUAAUCACUGUGUCCACGGGUGACAAGAAGAAUGCUGGCACCAGUGCUAAAGUCUUCAUCAUAAUGAAAGGUGGCCAAAACAAGGAAUCCAGUGGUAAAAUAUGGCUGGACAAAGGAAAUUUUGAAAGAGACAGAUCAGAAAUCUUCAACAUCAACCUUCAGACCAUGGUGAGCCCAGUUCAGAGUUUGGAAGUCGGCCAUGAUAAUAGUGGAGUGGGGGCAGGCUGGUUCCUAGAGCAGAUCAUUGUGUACUGUCCAAUAACGGGCAUUGAGCAGGUCUUCCCCUGCAAGCAGUGGAUGGCCACUGAUAGCGAGGAUGGACAAAUUCAGAGGACACUUUUUGAGCAAAAGGCAAUGAGACAGAAGAAGGAGAAGAGAAUCCAUUGGCACCUGUGGGUUAAGACGAGUGAUGACAGUUUAUCAGGGACGGAUUCUCGUGUGUUUGUCUGUCUGUAUGGCGCCAAGGGAAAGACAGAUGAGGUGGAACUUGAAAACAAGGGUGAUGCAUUCGAGCAAGGCAACACAGAUGAGUUUGACAUCCAUGUGUCCGAUAUUGGCAAGCCUUACAAACUGCGUGUGUUUCACGACGAUUCAAACAUUAUGUCAGGAUGGAAAUUAGAUCAGAUUGAAAUGGAGAACAUGUCGACUAAGGAGAGGUACCAGUUUAAAUGUGGGAAGUGGCUGGCUAGGGAUGAAGGGGACCACUCCACAGUGAGGGAGAUGCCUGCUGAAGGACCCCUCAUCAAGAAACCUCUGGCCUUGGUGAAAUACACAGUUGAGGUUUACACGGGUAAAAAAUCGCGAGCAGGAACAGAUGCCAAUGUCUUUCUGUGUGUAUUCGGGGAGCUUGGCGACACAGGUAGACGGUGGUUGACGGACUCCUCUACCAACAUUAACAAAUUCGAGAAAGGACAGUGUGAUAUAUUUGAAAUUGAGGCUGUAACCUUGGAGAAAAUAAAGAAAAUAGAGAUAGGUCAUGAUGGCAAGGGUUUGGGAGCCGGCUGGUACCUGGAAAAAAUAGUCAUCAAGCGUCCAGAUAAACCAAAACUGGAUGUCAGCAUUGACUGUAGCUCGUGGCUGGCCUCCGAUGAAGAGUCGGGACACAUUGUCAAGGAAUUCCUAGUCUCAGGAUCCCAGCUACUAGGAAAGACUACCUACAAUGUAUAUGUAAAGACUGGGGAUGUUUCCCGAGCUGGCACCGAUGCUAAUGUCAGCCUGAAAAUCUUCGGGGAGAAAGGCGACACGGGGACCUUGCAGUUGGAGAAUUCUGAGUCUACCUCAAACAAAUUUGAAAGAAAUCGAACAGACCAUUUUAUUCUCAAUGCUGAGGAUAUCGGCAAGAUCAAGAGAAUCCGAAUAGGACACGACGGCGCUAACCUUGGGUCGGGGUGGUUUUUGGAUGAAGUGCGUAUUGACAUUCCAUCGUACGGACAGCAGUAUGUUUUUGCAUGUCAUCGCUGGCUGGACAAAAAUGAAGGGGACGGGGAAACAGAAGUGGAACUUGAACCAUCGUUUAAAGAAGAUAGAGAGAAAAGAAUUCCUUAUGAAGUGACAAUUUGGACCAGUGACAAAGCAAGAGCGGGAACCGAUGCAAAUGUUUUUGUGCAGAUGUAUGGCACGGAGGGGAAAACUGACGAGAUUGUGCUCAAUAAUAGAUCAGAUAAUUUUGAACGUGGAAUGAAAGAGAAGUUUAAGAUUGAACAAAAGGACAUCGGGGACCUUCUGAAGGUUAGAAUUGGACAUGAUGGAAAAGGAUUUGGAGCUGGGUGGCACUUAGAGAAGUUUUUGAUCCAAAGGAAGCCAAAAGCAGGAACCAAGAAAAGGGCGAAGUUCAAUAAGACUAAUAAGUCUCCCGGUGUCAAUGCAGCUCAGGAGAGGAGGCAGUCCCUUAUUCAGCAGCAUGAAGACCAGGAUUCGGACAGCAGCUCAUCUUCUUCCCCCACCCCCAGGCGCAAGAGAAGCCUCAGGAGAAAACCGGAGCUGAAAACAGUGGAAGAAGAGGAUGAAGUUUAUGAUGGGGAGGAGACCAUUGAUUAUUGGUUCUUUGUCAAUGAUUGGUUUGCUUCUGAUGAAGGCGACAAGCAAAUCAUUCGAGAGCUGACCCCAACAGAUAAAGAUGGAAGACCUCUCAAGAGAGCUCUGGAUGAUGUGGAAUACAUUGUUCGGGUGUACACAGGAAAAGUGAGCGGUGCUGGAACUGAUGCCAAUGUGUUUGUCACAUUGUUUGGCAGCUAUAAAAACAAUCCUAUAGACUCCGGGGAACGACAACUCAAAACUAGCAGCACAAACAUGAACAAGUUCGAAUCCGGAAAGGAGGAUAUUUUCACCCUAAAAGCCAUGGAACUUGGAAGUUUGACCAAGUGUAGAAUCCGACAUGACAACACUGGACUGGUAGGAGCGGCCUGGUUUCUGGACAGGGUCGAGGUGGAGGAUACAAAAAAUAAAAAGACAUAUUACUUCCUGUGUCAGCGUUGGCUGGCUACGAAUAAAGAUGAUGGCCAGAUUUGUCGAGAAUUGGUCCCAGUGGACAAGUCUGUGCUUAGGAAGCUGGAACGGGAGGACUCGGCCAGGAUGGAAGUCGCACUGGAAACUAAAGCUUCCAUGACCACCUACCAUAUUCAUGUGAUCACCGGGAAAGAGUUUGGAUCCGGUACAAAUGCCAAUGUCUUCGUCAAGCUUUAUGGUGACAAAGAUCAAACAGAUAAGAUUCCUUUGAAAUCCUCUCUAACAUAUUCUGACAAGUUUGAAGCAGGACAUGACGAUGAAUUUGUCUUAGAAGUUGUCAACAUUGGGGAACUCGAGAAGAUUGUUAUAAGCCACGAUGACUCAGGAUUCCGCUCGGACUGGUUGUUGGACAAGGUUAUCAUUGAUUGUCCGUCUCUGGGGAAAUCCUGGACCUUCCCUUGUAACAGGUGGCUAGCCAAAGGAAAAGAUGAUGGCAAGACUGAAAGGGAACUGUUUCCGCAGAACCUUGAAACUGAAGAAUAUACACCAUGUAUUCCUUAUGAAAUCAAAACUUACACCAGUGACAAGUCUGGAGCUGACACCAGUGCGGACGUGUAUAUACAGUUGUUCGGUAAAGACAAUCAGUACACGCAACAGAAAUCACUAUGUACUAAACAGGAGAGGUCAGGAAAGUUCAAAAAGGGUCAAGCAGAUGUUUUUGUCGUUGAGCUGGAAGACGUGGGGGAUUUAACAAAGCUACGAAUCGGACAUGACAAUGCCGGUUUGUUUGCUGGAUGGCAUUUGGAAAAAGUGGAGGUUCGGACUCUGAACAGUGCUGGAAAGGGAUCUCGUCGGACACGUUUAACUCAGGGCUCUAAACUCUAUGUCUUCCCAUGUAAUCGCUGGCUUGCACGAGAUGAAGAGGACAAGGAAAUAGUGCGGGAACUGGUGCCUGAAAAAAUUAUCAAGGAGACUAUACGCAAGGAUGGUGAGGUGGAGAAGAAGGAAGUCAAGGUCAAGGACAAACUCAUCAUGAAACAGUACACCAUAAAUGUUCACACUGGAGAUGUGUUUAGUGCAGGGACAGAUGCUAAUGUAUUCAUCAACAUUUAUGGAGAAAUGGGAAAUACAGGAGAGAGGAAGUUAGCCAAUUCUGAAACAUACAGGGACAAGUUUGAGAGAAAUCACAUUGACGUAUUCAAGAUGGAGGCAGCAGAUCUAGGCAAAAUCUACAGGAUCAAAAUCUGGCAUGACAAUAAAAACAUUAAUCCGUCGUGGUAUCUUGACUAUGUGGAGGUGAUCGAUGUAGCGGACCACAACAAGUCCUACAUGUUCUACUGUGAACGUUGGCUAUCAAAAUCAAAGGAUGACUGUAAAACAGAGAGGUCAUUGUAUGUCAAGGGCUAUGAUGGAGAGAUGGGAUCUAGCACAGGGACAUUACGUUCCACUCGAUUCGGUGGGUCAGUGGCCAGUUUGGAGUCCAGCAUUGACCCAUUCUCCAAGAGUCCUCGUGUCAAACGCAAACAAUUGAUGCAAGAAGAAGAAAUGGACAACAUGUCCAGACUGGAUCAAAUCCCAUACAGUGUGAAGAUUUGGACAGGAGACGCUGAUGAUAAUGGUACAGACGCCAAUGUGUGGAUAGUUAUUUUUGGAACCAAGAAACUACACACAGGGACUCAGUAUCUGGAGUUCGCUCAGGCCGGGGACAAAUUUGAACCAAAAUCUAUCAAGACAUUCUCUUUCGAUGCCCCAGAUGUGAAUGAAGUGAAGAAAAUUAAACUUGGGCACGAUGGCACUUCUCCGGGCAGUGGCUGGUUUGUGAAGCAGGUCAGUGUGGACAUGCCAACAAAAGGCAAGAAUUUCCUGUUCACUUGUGGGCAGUGGCUGGCCAGAGACAAGAGCGACGGAAAGACGGAGAGAACGUUCUCUCUGGAUGAAGGAAUGAGCACGAUCACGUCCUACAGACCAAAGAUUACGUAUGAGUGCACAGUAGUGACUGGAGACGUGGAGCACGCGGGAACUGACAUGAAGAUCAUGCUCUCUGCAUCGGGUGAAAGUGGAACCUCAACCCCGAUAGAACUGGAGAAAGCCUCGGACAGAUUCGAACGAGCAAGAGAAGACAACAUCAGGCUUGAGCUAGACGAUGUGGGCUCACUGAAGAAAAUCCGUGUGGAAACAUCAGCGAGUGGUAGCCGGCAGAGCUGGUACUUAGAAAGGAUUGAUUUGUUUAACACUGCAACUGGUGUGAAGUACAGAUUUGAAUGUAAUCAGUGGUUUGGUAAGAAGAGUGAGGAUAAAAAAUACUGGAGGGAUAUUCCAGCAGUAAAAAGGGGCAAAGAGGUCAUUUCCAGGACAACCUAUAAGAUAUCUGUGAAGACUUCCAACGUUCCUGGUGCUGGGACGGACGCUAACGUGUACGUCAUUUUGUUUGGCUUAAAUGGUGAUACAGGUGAACUCCAUCUGAAGAAAUCGGAGACCAACAAAAGCCCAUUCGAGAAUGAUCAGCUGGAUGUGUUUUCCUUCAAAGAGAUGCUGAGUACAGGAGAAAUGUCCAAGUGUCGAGUGUGGCACGACAAUAAAGGUUUUGGAGCAGCGUGGCAUUUAGACUAUAUUGAAGUGGAAGACAUGUCAACCAGAAAAAAGUACACUUUCCACUGUGGGAAAUGGCUCUCAAAGAAGGAGGACGACAAACAGAUUGUGAGGGAACUGACCUGUGCGACUCGACCUUUAACCCCAGGAUCUCAGGACGAAACAAUUUAUGAAAUUGAAGUAAAAACAGCUGAUAAAGAGAAGGCUAGUACCGUACAUAAUGGUUGGCUGAUAAUCAAAGGCAAGAAAGGAGAGACCAAGAUGAAGAUGAAGAACAGCGCUCGAGACAAGAUACUCCGGAGAGGUGACACCAAUACGUUCAGCCACAGUUGUAAGAAUCUGGGGAAAAUUCAGCUAGUUACUGUCGGAGCCUACGAACGAGAAGACAAACCUUUACAGGACCUGGAGGGGAAGGAUGCCAUGUGGUACUGCUACCAAGUGGCCAUCACGGACACCAGCACCGGAGACAAGUACCUCUUCCCCUGUAAGGACUGGAUCCAGAUCGGAUCUUCUCCAUUCAAGCGUAGCAUGGGCAAGGAACUGGAUUUGAAGGAUGUGGAACAGAGUCAAGUAUCUGUUGUAAGAAGUCUUGCCUCGGUCAAAUACCAGAUAAUUGUGUACACUGGCGACGUGUUCGGUGCAGGAACAAAUGCUAAUGUUUAUCUCACGAUUUAUGGAAAAAACGGGGACUCGGGCAAACGUAGCUUGGAGCAGAGCUGGAGAGACCUCUUUGAGCGCAACCAGAUAGACAAGUUUGAGAUAGAAUGUUUAGAUCUAGGGGAAAUUGAAAAAGUGCAAAUUGAACACGACAACAAAAACUUCCGUCCUGCAUGGUUUUUGGACAAAAUAGAGAUUAUUAAUCUGGGUACCAAUGAGAAGAAAACCUUCCCAUGUAAACAAUGGUUAGACAAAGAUCGAGGGGAUGGGGCGAUAUCAAGAGAAUUGCUUUCCAGUGACUGAGAAGUGCAGCGGCUUCAGAUAUUACUGUUACUCAUGAGUUUUGUCAAAGUUGGGUCAUAUUGACCAGAGAAUUACUGUUAUGCUCAUAUUGACCAGAGAAUUACUGGGAUCUCAUAUUGACCAGAGAAUUACUGGGAUCUCAUAUUGACCAGAGAAUUACUGUGAUGCUUUACAUAAUCUGAAUAAAGUUUUACUCAGAAAAAUCAAAACUAUUUUAAAUUCCAAUUGUAUAUGAAAAAUGUUUUUAAAAUGUAUAUAAGAGGCAUUUAGCAGAGGAUAAUAACUGAUGUUUUUAAAAUAUUUUUUAUGUUGUGUAUGGCGAAGAUUUUUUUUUAUGAAUUUGAAUUGGACUGUAGUUUUAGAUUUUUCUCCAGUUGUGAGGUUUGAUAUGUCUUAUAUUACUUUUCUACCCGCACCACUCCGUCCAUUAGCUGGACCAGAUUUAUGACAUUUUUACGGCUUCCUCCAUGUCCACAUUCAUUGGAAUCCUAAGUCAGACUGUGAUAUAAUUAAGACAGGGAUUUUUCUUUUCAAUUAUAGUGAUGAAUUUUCCCGUUGUCCACUUUUUAAAAUUAUUUUUUUUAUGCUUGAAUGUACUGUAUUUAUAUUUUACACUAAAAAUAAUCGUACCUGUGUGUGUGUGCCUUUGUAUCAAACCAAAUGGUUUCUCUGAGUUACUGCUUUUUGGUAAACGAAUUCAUUCCAGGAUAAGACCAUUGUGUAUAUUAUUGUAGAACUUUUGUACAAACCUGUAUAUAUAUUGUUAGAUACGAUAGCGGAUUGUUUUGUAUUAUACAUGUACCUCAUGCUGGGUUUUUUUAUCAGCUGCCAAUUCUGUCUUGUGAAGCAAGUGAAAGUUUAAUGACAUUGUCUUUGUCAAAUACAUGUACAAUUGAAGGUAAUUUUUUUAUUUGUUUAAGAUGCUUUCAAGAUUUAGUCCAUCCUUAUAACAGAAUUUCUCAUGAGUUUGUAUGCUGCUGUAAAACUUAUUCAUCAUCAUUGAAUUGUACAGAAAAUACAACAGACCGUUUGUGGAUGUUUCUCUGUCGAUUUGAAUUGUACAUAAACAGCUGAUUGUAGAGUUCUCUUUGUAAGUUGAUAUAUUUAUUUAUAUUCUAGUCACAUUGCCUACGUAAUUUAUUAACAGUCAUGGAUAUUUCCAUGUAAUUAUACUUUAGAUACAUUUAAUGAAUUAAACAUUAUACUUGUGUUGAAUCUAUGUGUAACUUUGAAGUACAUUCCUCAUGUUAUUUACCUGCUACAUGUAUUUUUGGUGAUUGUCAUCCUGUGCAUGUUAAGGGUUGUGGUAUUCAGCUUAAUAAAACUUGGAUAUAUUUUGACCUUUAGCAAGGUCACCAAUGAUAAACAUAGAAAUGACUAUCAUAUCUGUGUAGUGCCAUGGUUACUAAUGUCUGGUAAAAAAUCGUGGUGUUAAUAUAUUAAUUCAUUUUACCAAAAGAAUAAAAUUUCAAUCUCUA